UUACUUAAAAAAAGUUAAUUGUCAGAAAAACCAUUAUCGUGUUUGCAAAAAAGAGAACGAGGAUAAUCAAUAAGAAUGAAAAAUAAAAAAUACGAAAAGCUAAAGGUCGGUCUAUUAUUGAAGAAGGGGCAGCAAUCUCGUCACCUUAACCAAAAUAAGAUUUUCAUAUUUGUACACUAACGGUUCACGCUCUCGCUCAGCCGCGAUCCUCCACGCCGGGAAUCCCAACGGCCGACAAUUCAAAAUCAAAGAGCAGAACAUGCGCAAAUCAACUGCUUAAAAAUCAAUCGUGAUAAAUACAUAAAUUCAAAGCAGAAGAAGAAUGGGAAGACCAAAGGGAGAAGCUACAAGAAGCAAGUCUCGCACCUCUAGCAGCAGUUUGGCUGCUUCGCUAGUGCCGUUAGGUGCUACUGCCGUAGAUUUCGGUGGCAAUGUUGGAUGCUCAUGAGUCGACUCUUCUCUUGCAUCAAUGCCUGAAGCCUCCUCUUUUCUGAACGAUCUUGACGGUGAAAUGGCACAACACUUGAAGCGGCUAUCGCGUAAGGACCCUACUACCAAGCUCAAAGCUUUGACAUCGCUAUCUCAACUUCUCAAACAGAAAACUGCAAAGGAAAUAGUGCUAAUAAUUCCUCAAUGGGCAUUCAAAUACAGGAAGCUGCUUCUGGACUACAAUAGGGAAGUUUGACGAGCAACUCACAAGACUAUGCCUAAUCUUGUCAAUGCUGUGAGACAGCUUUUUCAGCACAGGAGAAAAGGCUAGAUGCCUUAAUGUUAUAGGCAGCUAAAGUAUUUAUGUAUAUAGAAGAAGAUCUAAAGCUUACCUCGCAAAGUUUGUCAAAUAAAACAAUAGCAUCUCAUGAAUUGGAAGAGAUGCAUCAACAGGUAGUUUCCUCAUCAUUACUGGCAUUGGCAACACUGCUUGAUGUUUUUGCAUCUGGGCAAUUUGGAAGGUCUGAUUCUGACAACAUGAUAGGUGAAUCAAAGCAUGAUGUAAAAGCCAGGGCUAUGACUGUGGCUGUUUCUAGUUCAGAGAAUUUGUUCUCCACUCAUAAAUAUUUUCUAGACUUUCUAAAGUCUCAAAGCCCAGCAAUCCGUUCAGCUGCAUAUUCAGUGCUGAGGAGUUAUAUAAAAAACAUACCUGAUGUUGUAAAUAAAGGUGAUAUGAGAAGUCUAGCUGCGACCAUACUUGGUGCUUUCCAGGAAAUGAAUCCAGCAUGCCAUUCAUCAAUGUGGCAAACAUUGCUAAUCUUUAGUAAAAGAUAUCCAGACGUCUGGAUUACCUUGAAUGUUCAAAGAAUAAUUCUAAGUCGGUUAUGGGAUUUUCUGAAGAAUGGGUGUUUUGGAUCUCAGCAAGUGUCUCACCCAGCACUAGUUUUAUUUUUAGACACAGUUCCUCUAAAAGAAAUUGUAGGAGAGAAAUUUAUCCUUCAAAUUUUCCAGAAUUUGUGGGCAGGGAGAAAGUUGUCUUACUUCUCUAACACUGACCAACUGGCAUUUUUCAUGGGACUGGAAGAAUGUUUCCUUUGGGCUUUAAGAAAUGCUUCUAGAUAUUGUGAUGGAGUAGAAGCCAUUUACAGUUUCCAGCGUACUCUUGUUGAUACGGUAGUAAUAGGUCUUCUGUGGCAUGAGUACCUACUGGCAGCCAGCUCAAAAUUUCAGGACACAUCCUUAUCUGAAACUACUAUCGCUUCAUCCAAGUGUAGUACUGAACCUGUUGAUAAUGAGUCAAGGGAAACAUUUAAUGUCAAAUAUCCAGCAGAUUAUGAGGAAAAUCUUGGGAAAUGCAUCAUCAGAAUCCUUUCAGGGAUCCAUUGCCUGGAACAUGAUCUGCUUUUGGUUUUCUGUUCAACAUUUCAAGGGAAUUGUCUGGAUAUAUUUCGGCAAACAGAGUGCUCUUCUCAAAAUGCAGAAUGGGCUGUCAAAUUUUUAAUUUUACUGGACGAACAUGCUGUACAGAAGGGUGAAUCAUGGCCCUUGGUUAACUUAUUGGGGCCCACGUUGAAAGAGUCUUUCCCAGUCAUCGAAGCAUCUGACUCACCAGAAUUAGUGAGACUUCUUGUGGUUGCUGCUUCGGUAUUUGGGCCUCAGAAGAUUAUUCAAGAACUUAUAUCCAUUGAUUUGCAGACUCGAGAAUUUUUGCAAUAUUUCAACGAGAGGAUUAUUCCCUCGUGCUUGAGAGAAGUUGGUCCUUCUAAUGCAUCUCGAUUAGACCUCUUGCUGGCAUUACUUGAUGAAGAGUGCUUCUCGGAGCAGUGGGAUGCCAUCAUUACGUAUUUAAUAAAUUCAGAACAAGUGGGUGUUAGUCCUGGAACUGUGGACAACAAAAUAUCUAUCUUGGCUAUAUUGAUAGAGAAGGUUAGGGAGAGAACUAGAAAGCAUACUCAUCUGGAAGGAUCCUGCGCGUACGAAUGGCAUCAUGAGCUUCUAGAUUCAGCUGCUCUCUCUAUUAUCCAUUCUUUUCCUCCAUUUAGGAAUUCUGAUGCUCACUUUUUAUUUGCUGUUCUUGGUGGUGGAGUAGAAGAUGAUAAAAUUUCCUUAUUAUCAAGAGAGACAUCGGUUCUUAUAUAUGAAGAAAUAUUUCGAAUGCUGAUGACUUUCAUGAUGGAUUCUAGUUUUGUCUGGGUUAGGAAUAUAUGUUCUUUGUUAAGUCACAGGAGAAAUUAUUCUUCCCGGGGAUUUGAAUCUUCUACUAAUAUGCUUGAGAUGGCUCAAUUUGCCCUGGAUGUUCUAAAUGGUAGUUUCUUUUGUCUGAAGACUAUUAAUGGUGAAACUGAGUUAGUUUCAGGUAUAUUAGCUGCAAUAUUCAUUAUUGACUGGGAACAUAAUAUGUUAACUGUAACCGAGGAUGACCUUGAUGAAAAGCAGAUGGGAGAAAUUGAGCUCAGGUUGAUUUUCUGUGAGGCUAUCCAUACUUUUCGUAGCAAGAUAUGUAAUCAUUUCUUUAAAAGUCUAGGCAUAAAUAAUCGAAACAGCCUGGGAACUGUUUUGGUUGAGUCAAUAAAAUGCAUUAUAUUUCUGGACACUAAAUUAGAGUCUGAUAGAAUCAUAUCUUUAUGCUGCCAAUGGAUGGGUGGCAUUUUUGAAUAUUUCUGUGAAGACCAAUUUGAGGAACAGCAGUUGUUGGAGCAGUUCCUGGCGAAGAAUGAUUGGUGGCCAUUGUGGAUCAUGCCAGAUAAUCAUUUAGGAUACAGCUUUAAAGCUGAAAAUAGUUCUCUCAAUGCAUCCAAAAACACCCUGUUUGUUGCUUUGGUUGACAAACUAAUUUCCAAAAUUGGAUUUGCACAAGUUAUUGCUGCUGCUACCUCUCCAUCUUUAACUGGGGAGCCUAUUAAAGACCUAACAAGAAAUAAUCUGUAUUCUACUCGAGCCUGGUUUGCUGCUGAAAUUUUAUGUACAUGGAAAUUGGUUGGUGGUAGUGCUUUGCACUCUUUUCUGCCUUCUCUCAGUGAAUAUGUGAAGCAUUCUUCUGAAUACUGCCUUCUGGAUUCCAUUGUCAGGAUUCUGCUUGAUGGUGCUCUUGUCCACGGAGCUGGUAGUGGGUUAUGUCCCUUAUGGCCUGCUUCAUACGAUGAGAUGCAGGGCAUUGAUGAACCAUUUUUGAGAGCUCUUUUAUCAUUAUUGUUGACUCUUUUUCAAGAUGAUAUAUGGGAGAAGGGCAAAUCUCUAUCGCUCUUUAAUGUGCUUCUAGAUAAGCUCUACAUUGGUGAUACAACGAACUUGAAUUGUUUGAGGAUUCUUUCUUCUGUUAUGAGCAUACUUAUAAGACCCUUAAGCAUCAGAUUGGUAGACUCCAGUGUGAGUGAUGAGUGUGAUUAUUACAGCAAAAGCAAAUUUCACGAUUCAACAGUAGAUUGGCUCGAGAGAACCGUAUCUUUCCCUCCAUUGAAUACAUGGCAAACUGGAGAAGAUAUGGAGGAUUUCUUUCGGCUGGUUAUAUCCUGUUUCCCUAUUAAUGCAACAGAACAAUUGCAAAGGUUAAAACCAAAGAGAUAUAUCAGUCCUAUGGAGAAAGAACUUCUGUACAAGUUAUUUGAGAAGCAGAUACAACAUGCUGGUGCAUCAGCUGUAGUAAGCAAGCUGCCAUUGGUUCAGAGGUUGUUGUCAAAGUUAUGGUUGUUUCAGUUGCUUAUUGCUGGGAGGAAUUCAAUGAAGAUGAUUGGAAUUUUGUUUUAAUUCGGUCAAGAUUUUGGCUUGAGUCAACUGUUGUUAUGAUGGAGGAAGUUGCUGAAAAUGUGAAUGAUGCUGUGUCAAACAGUUCUAGUUCCGAUGAUAUGACAGAUACUCUAAAGAAGCUUAAGAUUGCUGUUUCAACCAUAGACCCUUUUUCCCGUAAAAAUUGCAACAAAUGCACUUAUUGCCUUCUCUCUAUUUUGUGGCCUCGUGGGAUUCCAAAAGAAAGAGUAUGCUGAAAAUUCAAACCCUUUGAAGAUUGAGAGGUGGGAGGUCAUCAACAAUCGAAUUCUAGAUGGUAUUCUUUGUUUAUUUUUCUAUACUGGUGUUGCUGAGGCCAUUGCAAAUUCGUAUUGCCAUGAGGCUUCAUCUGUUGUUGCAUCAUCUCGCCUGGAUCAUCCUCACUUUUGGGAGUUAGUAGCUUCAAGAGCUAAUGAGUCUAGUUCACAUGCAAGAGACAAAGCUGUGAAAUCAAUAGAGAUUUGGGGACUAAGUAAAGGGCCCAUAAGCUCUUUGUAUGCUUUACUCUCCUCUUGCAAACCGCUUCCUCCUCUGCAGUACGUGGCUUUUGUUAUUCUUUCGGCCGAACCUGUGAUGCACUCAGCUUUUAAAUGUGACACUGCUAGUUUGGGUGAAGGGUGAUAUGUCUAACAACGAGGAUCCUCACAAUCCUGAUAUUUCUUCUAAAGGAAAUUUUCAUUCAAGGGAAGAAAUUUCUCACGUGCUUGAAAUGUUUCUAGAGGAGGUUUUUGAAAUAGAUUUAGUGGCAAAUGAAUGGGUGAACAUAUUUCUUGCUUGGUCUUUGUUUCUGUCACAUCUAGGAUCCUUGCCAUCAACUUCUUCUGAAAGAGAGAAUGGUUCAGUAUGUGCAAGACUCUGCCAAUUCGGUAAUACUGGAUUGCCUUCUCCAACAUAUUCAAUUGGAAUUGUACGUGGUGCCAGGCUCAAGAAGGAAAGAUGUAGAACUUCCAGCAACAGUAACUGAAGCAGCCACAGCUGCUACACAUGCCAUCAGGACCAGAUCAGUAUUGUUUUGCAUAGAGUCACUUUGGCCUGUUGGAACAGAGAAAAUGGCCUCAUUUGCUGGUGGAAUAUUUGGUUUGAUGCUUCAUAUUCUUCCUGCCUAUGUCCGAGGAUGGUUUAGUGACAUACGAAAUCGUUCUAUUUCAUCUUCUGUUGAAUCUUUCACGAAAGCAUGGUGUAGCCCAACACUUAAUACAAAUGAAUUAUCUCAGGUGUGUGUGACAUGAUUCCUGUUUGCUGUUGAUUCCAGUUUAAUUCCACUUGACAUGUUUUUUUGACUCCAUAAAAUGUCAUGGAAACAGCCUCCAUGCUUGCAAGGGUAAGCUUCAUGAAUAUAAUCCCCAUCAACCCAUAGCGUCUUGAGCAUUAAGCAUUGGACAUUGGUUCUCUCUUUAUGUAGAAAUAGGUAGAUGAAAAGCCUGCUAGAGAUAAUGUGCACCUUAAAUAUCAUGUAAGAUUGGAGAUGUUUGUUUCAAUGCUUCACUGUCUUCUGUGUUAUUUUCUUCAAAGUUUAUCAAUCUAUCAAAUUAAUGAUCGAAGGCAAAGGGAAGCUUGGUUACCUCAUCGGCGAGACCAAGAAACCAACAAAGACCACUCUUCAAAAAUGGAAAUUGGAAAAUUCAUUGAUAACUGCCUAGCUCGUUAAUUCCACAAUUUUGUCCAUAGGUAAAACUUACCUAUUCCUACGGAUGGUGGAGGAAGUCGCGAAGGCAGUGAAGGAGACAUACUUCGAUGGAGAAAAUGCCUCACAAAUCUUCGAGAUAAAGACUCGAUUGUGGCAAACCAAACAAGGGGAGAGAGAGAGGUUAUAGAUUAUUUCCUUGAGAUGACAAACUUGUGGCAAGAACUCGACCUCAUUCUUAGGAAGAAUGGGAAUGUAUCAGUGACUGUGUACGCUCUAAAAGGGGUAGAGAACGAAAGGGUUUUUGAGUUUCUAGCAGGCCUCAACCGCGAUUUGGAUGAUGUUAGGGAAAGAAUACUAGGCGGGCAACCAUUACGAACUACAUGAGAAGUGUUUGCAGCAAUUAGAAGAGAAGAAAAUCGUAGAAAAAUCAUGUUAAAGGCCAACGACAAUGAAACUGCUGUGGAGAUAACAAUGAUUUCAAUGAAAUGGAUUUGGUGGGCAGAAAAGGAAUGAGAAACCCACUACUGAAUC